AUGUAUCCAAUUAUACAAAAAUUAAAAGUAAAGUUUGCAUGUGGAGAAGAGCAGGAUGGUGAUGAUGAUACCAAGGAAUCUUAUCGUGUUCUUAAAUCACCAUUGUCAUUAUCUGAUGGUGGUGGUGGUACAUUUGCAAUUUGGGGUUAUAGUUAUAAUACAUAA